GCGCACAGCUCCGCACUCCCGCCGCUGGAAGCCCGUUCAUUCCCUGCGCUUCUCCGGUGACCUAAGGGACUCUGCGGAUCGGCCAUGUCCGAGCUGCCGGGAGAGAGCAGGGUCCCCCACCCGAGCCCCAUGAACGGCGUCGGCGACGUCCUGCAGGAGGGCGUGGGCGGAGACAGUCGGAUCCCCGUGGUGGCCCAGGAGGGCGCACUGCCCGGAGUGGGCCGGCCCAUGGCGCGGGGCCCCGGCCCGGUCCCCCCGCCGUUCCCCGGCGUGGCGGGCCUGAUGGCGAUGCCGCACCUGCACGCGCCGCUGCGCCUCCUAGAGCUGCACGAGCAGCGGAUGUUCCAACACUACCUGCACAGCAACCCCCUGAUCCCCACCAGGGUGCUCCGCGACAUCGAGGAGCGCCGCCGGCUGUUCGUGGAGGGCUGCAGGGCCAGGGAGGCGGCCUUCGACGCCAACCCCCCACAGAUGGACUCGGACGCUCGCGCCUUCACCCUGGCGCUCACCGCCUCCGACGCCCGCGGCCCCACGGCCGACUGAGCGGCGCCUUCCAGCCUUACAGCCGCUGCCCACAGCAGGGAGGAGGCCCGAGGGAGCGGGUGUUCAAAGUCACCGUCCUCUGCUACGUAGCGAGUUUGGAGGAGGGCCCAG